AUGAAUAAGGGCAUGAUUAUAGUCUUAGCUGUGAUAAUCUGCACUACGUUUGUUCAAGGAUUCCCUAUGUUCAAAAGAAGACGCUGUCAUUGCAUAGACACUGUAAAAGCAGUGAAAGUGACAGACAUUGAGAAAAUCUCUAUAAUACAACCAAGUAUCAACUGUGACAAAAUAGAAAUGAUUAUCACUCUGAAAGCACCUAGAAGACAGCGAUGUCUAAAUCCCAGAUCAAAGCAAGCAAAAGCUAUAAUCAAGAACAACCUAAAAAAGGUGAAUGAUUAA